CACUCCUCCCUUCUGCUUUUGCCUCUUAGCUAGCUAACGCUACCAAUCGCGAACUGCGUUUGACUAACCUUUAUCCAGCUACUUUGUGGAUUGAAAACACUGACCAAACAGCUAACUAUUGUGUAGAUAUGGCAGCAAUCCGUAAAAAGCUUGUAAUAGUUGGAGAUGGAGCAUGCGGGAAGACGUGUCUACUUAUCGUCUUCAGCAAAGACCAGUUCCCCGAAGUUUAUGUACCAACCGUCUUUGAAAACUAUGUUGCUGACAUAGAAGUAGACAGUAAACAGGUAGAGCUGGCUCUGUGGGAUACUGCUGGCCAGGAGGACUAUGACAGGCUGCGACCUCUCUCCUACCCAGACACUGAUGUCAUCCUUAUGUGCUUUUCUAUUGACAGUCCUGACAGUCUGGAAAACAUCCCAGAGAAAUGGACCCCAGAAGUUAAACACUUCUGUCCCAACGUUCCAAUAAUCCUUGUGGGCAACAAGAAGGACCUGCGGAAUGAUGAGCACACCCGUCGUGAGCUGGCAAAGAUGAAACAGGAGCCUGUGAAGCCAGAGGAAGGCCGGGACAUGGCCAACCGGAUCUGUGCGUUUGGCUACAUGGAAUGCUCUGCCAAAACCAAGGAUGGUGUGCGGGAGGUGUUUGAGAUGGCCACAAGGGCAGCGUUGCAGGCUAGACGGGGCAAGAGGAGCAAUAAAUGCCUCCUGCUGUAGACACAAGCGGACUGUAUAUCCUACAGCAAAGAGGAGUACAAGACACAAGCUGUGUCCUCUGCUGUUCAACCUGUAUGAAAAGACUGUGCUCAACUGAUUUUUUUUUUUCCAUUGAGAGAUACAAAUGCUUUUAUUUAGUCUGUCUUUUAAAAAAAAAAAAAACGAAAACCAGUAGGCCAACAACUAGUUUUGAAAGUUUUUUUUGUCAGUAUUUAAAGGAGCUGAUGUGGAGAGAGAUUUUCUUUUUGUACUCUACACCUGUGAGUGAAUACGCCAUAUUUACUCCUACUAAGCCAAUAUCUGUGGAGCUAGUCAGGCACUCUGUGCCAUAAUGAGACUCGUAUGUUCAGCGGUCAAGUCCUUGCGAUGGGUCAGAACUGUCUGGCCACACACUGUGACCCUUCCCUCAUAACCCUUCAUAUCUCUUUGGACAACAGAAAAUAUGCAAUUUUAAAAAGCUGGAAAUGAUCAGGACCAACAUGCCUAUUACAUUAGGCACAUGUGCAUUUUCUCAUAUGUACCCGAACACGCAGGUGCAAGACUUGAAGCUUUUUUUUUUUUUUUUUUUUUAAUUAGAAGCAACAAAAUUGGUAUCUUUGUGUAUUAAAAUCUUUUUAAGAAGCUUUUGAAAUUAA